AUAUGUGAAUAUCUAUCUAUCCAUCAAGAUCAAGGUAAAUAUAAUAUAACAAGAUUUAUUGGUGAUUCCCGUGCAGAUAUUGAAAACAACCUCUCAAGAGUCCUAAAGCUAAUUAAGACUGAAGACCAAAGCAAAAAAGAAAACUCCAACAAAGAGACAGAACUUGUGGGACUAAUUGAAGACUUCUACAAUCAGUACCAGUCAUUGUAUGUAUUGUACGGUCGCCUUACCGGAGAGUAUAUGAAAGUAGCUUCUCGUAGAGUAAAGGUUUCUUCACUCUCUUCCUCUAGUUCAGACUCUGAGUACUUUUCUUCAGAUGAAACAGAUUUCAACAUCUCAAACAAAAACCCAUUCUCAAGAAUAUCACAAAGGGAACAUUAUUCUUCAUUUGUCAACACUCUUGAAGCUCUCAAAACUCAAAAAUCAACAGAACCAAAUGAGUUUGAAACACAUGAAGUGAAACAGCUAAGAUCAAAGAAUGCUGAGCUUGAACAAGAAGCUAAAUGUCUUCGAAACCAUAAAUGCAAAAUCGAAGAAAAGAUGAAACAUUUUAGGAAUGAAGCAUUAAACCAAAAGAAAGAAUACACCGAUCAGAUUAAUGUCAUGCAACAGAACUUGGAGUCUGUAUGCAACAAGAACAGAGAAUUGGAGAUUCAGUUAGAAAAUGAACGAGGAAAAGUUUCACAAUACUUGAUUCGGAUACAAAAUAUGGAGAAUUUAGCUGAAACUGUUUCAGCUGAAGAAAGUCUGCUAAAAGAGAAACUAUGUUUAAUUGAAAGGAUAAAGGAAUUGGAAUCUCAAUGCAGCAAACAAAAUGAUUUGGAAGAACAGUUAAGAAAUGCAAGGUGUGAGAUAAACACUAUGCAGAAACAGAAAAGUGAGUUAGAGUUACAAAAUGAACGAAGCCAAAAUGAAUAUUCAGAAACGAUACAGAAGUUAGCAGAAACCAUUGAUCAAAAAAUGGAAGACAAUGUUCGUGUAUUGCAUCAGAGGAUCGACGUGGUAGAACAGUUGAACAAGGAAAACAAAGAAAGUUUCAAAUUGACAAAGCAAAAGUACGAGGAAGAGGUUAAAAUGCUUGGGGAAACAAUGGCUGAUUAUGAACAUGAAAUUAGGAGGUUUAAAGAAAAGGUGUGGAAAUUAGAAGCUGAUGUGAGCAAGGAAGGAGGUGAGAAAAUGAAUUUGAUGAAAACAGUGACACAGUUUGAAAGGAAAAUUGGGAAAUUGGAAAAGAAAGUGAAAGAGAAGGAUGAAGAGUUGGUAAGCCUUGGGGAGAAGAAGAGGGAAGCAAUAAGACAGCUUUGUUUUCUGGUUGAGUUUCAUCGUGAUCGUUGUCUCUAUCUAAGGGAUUUGAUGUUAAAGAUGAACGUAAGGAACAUAUAAUGAGUUUGUUAAAAUGUAGUUCU